ACAAUAGGGGAUAAUUUAGAUUGCUCCCCUCUUGAGAGAUCAUACAAAUGCCACAUUUUGUCCCACCUCCCCGAAUCUGUACCUGGCUUCCCAUUCGAUGGAGAAGCUGUUGCCAUGCUAUGCUUUCCAAAAGGACUCAGCUUCACAACGAAUUGUAACAAACAACAACAGUUGCAUACUUUUGUGAUAACAAGAGAAGAUGGUGCCAGAUCAUAUGGCACGGCACUGACCUUCUAUGAGCAGAUCGAAAGUCCAGAAAUUUGUUUGGCAAUGCAAGUCCUGCAAGAUAUGCACAUGGCAGAAUUAAGCAAUUCCCAAUCCUUAACAUUGAAACGUCAGAGAGAGAGGCAGAGCAUGAGAGCUCCCCAUCAAAAACAAUCGGUCUAUCAACGUAACCAAGACAUCUUGCAUUGUUCCAAAUGUAUCUGUAUCAUCUCAAAACUCCCCCUUGUUGAUUCCUUCACUAAAAUCCUAACAGCUCUCUACGAGCUAAUGAAACUCAGCGACACCUCUAAACAUCAAGUCAGCACGCAUCAGCAGACAGAAACAAAGCCAACCUGCCUACCUCUGGAGAGCUAUAUAUUCAAUUUAUUGCAUGAAGUGGAGUACCUGCCGGCCGGAAUGAGCAUGCGCAUGACAACCUGGAAGGGUCCUGUCAUCUGCCAGAGGCCUGGUACCAACGAAUUGCCCUUAUGUGAUUACCCACUGAGAGGUUUGUUUGACAUCUUCAGCGUUGAGGAGGUCAUCACAAUAUUUUCAUGCAUGUUAUUGGAGCAUCAGAUACUCAUUUUUUCUUCAGAUUAUGGAAAGCUGAUGUUGGUAGCAGAAUGUUUGUGUUGUUUGUUGUUCCCAUUCAUCUGGCAGCACACGUACGUCCCCAUUCUUCCGGCAUCUCUGCUCCACUUCCUCGAUGCUCCCGUUCCUUUCAUCAUGGGACUUCAACUGGGACUCGAGGAACAGGAAGCCAUCUUUGAAAGUUUUUCAAAGCCAAACUCAUGUGCAGUGGACAUCGACAAGAGAAGGGUAGCUCAUCCUGAAGACAUUCCCUCCUUCCCUCACCUGCCUAAUCUCACAGGGGAUGUCAAAGAUGAGAUCAAGAAGUUGAGGAAGUCGGAGAAGUCAUCCCCGUCAUCCUCGUCAGCGGAAAGCAGGGAUAGUGGUUUCAUUGGUUUCAUCAGGGACAGUUACUGUGGACCAGAUGAUGGCAGCGCAGGGGAACCUGCUUCUAUGGAAAUGUUGCAGAAGAAUGAAGCCUUGUCGAAGAUGACGGCCCUGGCACGCAAGUCGGGUAUCAUGUCUUCCAUGGAUGAGAUCAAAGACAGCAUAUCAGAAGCAGCUAUGAACAGGGGGGUGUAUGGUGGCAGGCCCUCCAGUGCCAAGUUUGAUGAACACACAAAAGAUUUGCUCUUCAAUUCUUCUAUCAGGGAAAUUUUUCUGCACUAUUUCUUCCAGAUAUUUGGUUCAUAUGAGAGUUUUGUCAUUCAUCAUUCCGGAUCUGACGUCCAAUCAUGGCUGAGCAACAGAGAAACAACUCAAAAUUUUGACAAAACAGCAUUUUUAACCGACCAAUCAGAAGAGGCCUUACCUUUCCUGGCUUCCUUCAUUGAAACGCAAAUGUUUGCCAGUUUCAUUGAUCAAAAAAUCUUGUCACGUUUGGAAUCUUCAGCUGCUAACCUAGGAACAAGAGAUCGAGAGAACUUUGUUGUCUUUGAAAAUCGGCUCAAGUCAUUAAAAGAUGACCUUCAGCAGUCAGUUGAUCAGAGGCCCAGAAGGUUCUACAGGACAGCUGCUGCCAAAGAAUCAGAGAGUUUCAUACAGAAGAGAGCAACCCAGAUUGACAUAAUAGCAACAUCUCCGCGGAACAUCGAAAUAGGCGUCCAACACCGACAACACUUCUUUCCAACAUUUCCAAGCAACUGCUUCGAUGGUUGCAUCCUGCAGGGCAAAAAGACAAAAUCAGCGUUUGAGGAGUGGAGAUCGAGAUAUGGAAUGAAGGCGAGAGGCGACAAGACAACAUUCAAACAAAGAGAGGUCGUCUGUAGCAGCAACAACAACAACGCAUCACAACAGCAGCAACCAGACACAGACUUCAGAGCCAUGGUCAAUAAUAACUGGAGGUUUAUGGAGAGGUUGCUUAAAGAAGUCAAAACUAAAACGAAGCGUAUGUUGGUGCAAAAAAUGGGAAAGGAAGCUGUGGAAUUGGGUCACGGCGAAGUAACUAGGUCAGGUAUUGAGGAGAAUACGUUGAUUGCCAGCCUGUGCGACCUUCUUGAAAGAAUUUGGAGCUAUGGACUGAUCGAGAAACAGGACAAAUCCUCCCUGUGGUACCACAUCACAAGCUACAGCGAGGCGGUCAUUAAAAACGAUCAAAACAACAACAACAAUAACAACAACAAUAAUAACAAUAACAUCAAUAGAAGCACUGACAAUAAUAAUAAUAAUAGUCAAUUUUCGAACAGAGGUCUGAAUGUGUUACAGAUGACUGAGAUCAAGACGUCGGUUGGCUACUCGAGAGCUUUUGUGAGGUUGUCGCUGGAGAAGAAGUUACUCUCCAGACAUCUGAAGGAGUUAUUUUCUAAUCAGGAUUUGUUGAGGAAGCUAUACAAGCGCCACAGUUUCCUCAGAUGCGAGGAUGAAAGGGAGCAAUUCCUCUAUCACCUCCUCUCACUCAACGCCGUCGACUACUACUGCUUCACCAACUCAUUCACCAAUACAAACAUGUUGUACAGGAUUCUGAUCUUUCCUCGGAUAAAAAUUGGUGGUGGUACUACGACUGCUAAUUGCUGGAUCAGAUUAUCAGGCCAGCUUGGCAGUACGGAAGACUUACCGCUGCCAAAACAUUCUCUGGAUGUACUGAUUAAGCACAAGAAUCUUGGAGUGCUGACAACGUUGAGGAUUGGUCAUGAUAAUAGUGGCCUGUCUGCAAAAUGGAUGGUGGAGCACGUACUCGUGAGGAACGAACUUACUGGACAUACAUACAAAUUCACAUGCGGCAGAUGGUUGGGCAAGGGGGUGGAUGACGGGGCCCUGGAAAGGUUGCUGGUGGCCGAGAUGGUUCCACCUACUGUCGACUCCAAUGAGUUGAUUGAAAGGUGCCGAACGCCACCUCGCUGCAGAUCUCCGAGUGCGUCCGGUCGACACAUCGAACCAAGGAUUUCAGUGAAUGAGAUCAGGGAGAGGUUGGGGGGAUCCAUCAACAGUCUUGUGAAACAUUUCUGCAGGAGUGAAAAAGAUAGAGGUAGUUUGACCAUCUUAUUGUGUGGUGAGAGUGGUCUGGUCUCUAGCAUGGAGUUGAUCUUUCAGUACGGAUUCAGAUCAGCCCGACUAUUUAGGAAUAGAUUUUUCAUCUGGGACUUUUUAGAAAAGGUGAUGACGUGCUUCGAGUCCCUGCUAAAGAACCACGAUUACGUCAUAUCGGCCGAGAUCCAGACGUCCAUGAAAUCAUUCUGCUACGUCGUCUCAAGGAUUGAUCGGGCGCCUCAGGCUGUCGGGAAGGACGAAAGAUUCCAAAUGUUCAUCUGCUUCGGAGUCAGGGAUCGCUUAUUACCUCGUUACAUGAAACUGGUGAGUCGGAGUCCUGUAACCAUCUCGAUGUACGAGGAGCAGUCGUUUCUGAGAGAUCCGCAGAAGUUACAAUUCGUCCUUGACCUCUUGGAGCCCCUCAAGGAAUUCAACGUCACACUGGAGUCGUCCAUCAUUCGUGGGGUUGAAUUGUGA